CCUUUAAUGACCUUCCUUUCUCUACACAGUCAUCACAUCCUGCCCCCCCCCCUUUUUUUUUCAUUGAGGGUUAAAUAAACAAGUGUGCUGUUGGUUUAAAGCUGCUUCACUCCCUCAUUAGGAGCUAAUCUGGUUCUGAAAAGGUUUGUUCCUCCCCGCUGCUUCAACCUGCAUUCAGACGCUACGAGCUUCAUCUGCAUCACAACACACACAGAUUAGGCUAAUAGUAUUAGCGGAUCCUCACCGGAUCAUCGCUAUUGCCAUCAUUAUAAUUGUUAUUAUUAUUAUUAGUUUAAACCCUUCAGCAGAAGGACAGACGUAUUAUUUUUAUAGAGAGAGAAAAACUAAACUGAUUUUCUACUUUGGUAAUUCAGAAGAAAAGGGCGCAAUUAUGCUUUUGUGCUUCAUGUGACACCGGUGAUGUUUUUUAAAAAAAGGCUUCUCGUCGUAAUCUCACACAUCCGCUCGCAGAGUGUCACAGGAGGGAAAACUCAGGUCCAGAUGCACACAAAACUACACCGAAGCUGCAAAGUUUGCAAAGUACUCUCUGUUUGCAGAGUCGAAGGAUUUGACAAUGAAACUAAAAAUGUAAAUAUUUCAGUGACACACACACAGCAGAGAUUAGCUGCUGUGAGGAACCUCAGGGAUUCUCAUUCACAUGGAAAAACCACUUCUUAAUUCUAAUUGGUGGCCGGUGUAAAUCCUCCACUCCCAUUUAAACCAGCAGUCAGCAGUUUGUCUUCCUGCUGCUUCUCAUGUGCCUCAGACUGAACCUCCACUCACCUCUACAGCUGAGUUCAGACCUGCAGAACUUCAGGGAGAAAAUCAACUUAUGGAAUCAUUUUUUGGGGAGUUUCAGUGUAGUUUUUUUAUGAGCAUGCCAGGAGUUUCCUUCUCUUUGUAUUGAUCAGUUAGUUGGAUCAAUCAUUAUGGCAGCUGUGACAGAAGGAAGCCGGCCGGUGUUUUUCUCUAUCGAGCGGAUUCUGGGUUUGCAGCCAGAAAAAAUACCUGGAAACUGCCUGAAACUGCACCGACCCUGGACAGUGAAUCAAGAGAUCAGAGCGGAGAAAGAAAACACAGGAGACAGUUUGUCCUCUAAUCAUCAUCAUCAUCAUCAUCAUCAUCAUCCUCAGCCGCUGAAGUCUCCCAGACCCACAUCUAACUGGUACAUCGGACGCAGACCACGCACAGCCUUCACCAACAGCCAGGUGCACGUGCUGGAGACGGUGUUUCAGGCGAACUGUUAUCCAGGUAUCCAGCUGAGGGAGCAGCUGGCAGGACGGCUGGACCUGGACGAGGACCGAAUACAGAUCUGGUUUCAGAACCGGCGGGCCAAGCUGAGGCGCUCCCUCAGAGAGACCCGCCUCCAGCUGGUUCAGACGGCCGUGGCCGACCUCGGGGUCAGACGCGAGGUCACGGGUCAACCGGAGGCCAGGCGAGAUGUGCGAGGCGGCGUGGAGCUCGCCCAGCGGCUCGCCUCUCGUCUCCAGCUGGAGGUGGAGGAGGAGGAGGAGCGAUGCUGACGGACUCGAUCUGUUUCUGACUCUCAACAUGUAAAUUUAUUCUCUUCCAUCUAAAUGUCAGGACAAAAACACACCUGCAGAAAACUGAAGGUGACAAACACAAGUCUCACAGUGAACAUUUGUUAUUUUUUAAUUUGUACUUUUUUUUUUUUUUUUUACAAAUCUGGAUUUAAUGUUUACAUGAGACAACACAAAAACAAAAACAAGGUGUUGUCUUACAGAUUCAGCAGUUCUGAAGUCAAACUUUGUUAACUGAUUUGUUUAAUGAUCUGUAAAGUGUCUUAACUUGUGAAUAGCUUUCUGUUCUCUUGAAUGUACAAAGUCUAAUUAAAGCUAAUUAAAGUAUUUGAAUGUUGAGUUGGUCCCCUGCAGUAAUUCACGGCACACAGUCAUUAAACUGGAUCAGUUCGAUGGCAAACAUUGUACUUUAGUGAACGAAGAGAGACAAAUAAUUUAUUGAUCCUUUGAAUUGUGUCAUGAAUCUCACACACGAUGUUUGACAACUUAAAAGAUAAUUUUUUAAACUCAUUAAAGUCUCAGUUAGUCAUCAAACUAAUGACAUAACUAACAGUCUCGUUGGUGAAGAUUUACUGUGACUUCAAACAUGAUAUUUGUCAAUUAAAAAUACAGAUGCAUUAAAA